AUGGGAGGACUGGAGUGCGUCAUCACCGGCCUGAUGGACGAGUUUGGAGCGCGCUUCAAGAGCUGGCACCUGCACCGGCGUGUGGUGACGCUGUUCGUGGUCGGCUCAUCCUUCCUGGUAGCCCUGACAUCGCUAACGCCGGGCGGUAUAUACGUGUUCACCUGGCUGGACACGUACUCGGCGGGGCUGGCGCUCCUCUGUUCGGCCCUGUUCGAGGCCAUCGCCGUUGGCUGGGUGUACGGCAGCCACGUGCUGGCGCGCGACAUUCAGCAGAUGACAGGCUCCACACCCGGCCUCUUCUGGCGCUGCUGCUGGAAGUUCAUCUCGCCGCUCUUCCUCGGGUCGGUGCUGGUGCUGGGCGUGGUGUUCUCCGGCCCGCUCAGCUACGACGGCUUCGAGUACCCGCUGUGGGCCACGGCACUCGGCUGGACGUACGCGCUGGUGCCGGCGCUCUUCGUGCCGGCUCUGGCGGCGCGCGCUCUCUGGAAGUACAGCGGCCACGGCCUGGGACAGGCGGUGGCACUCAGCAUCUCGCCCGAGGGGGAGCAUAAGGCUAUUCGGGACGGUGAGACGCCCAGCCGCUUCCAGCUUCUCCACUGGAUCACCGUGUGAAGUGCCACCGGGCUGGUCCACUGGACCACCGUGUGAGGUGCCACCGGGCUUCUCCACUGGAUCACCGUGGGAGGUGCCACCGGGCUUCUCCACUGGAUCACCGUGGGAGGUGCCACCGGGCUUCUCCACUGGAUCACCGUGGGAGGCGCCGCCUGACUGGUCCACUGGACCACUGUGUGACGUACCGCCUGGCCGGUUCACUGGACCCCCGUGUGAGGUGCCGCCUGGCUGGUCCACUGGACCACCGUGUGACGUACCGCCUGGCUGGUCCACUGGACCACCGUGUGAGGUGCCGCCUGGCUGGUUCACUGGACCACCGUGUGAGGUACCGCCUGGCUGGUCCACUGGAUAACCAUGUGAAGCUGGUCCACUGGACCACCGUAUGAGGUCCCAACGGGCUGGUCCCCUGGAUAACCGUGUGAGGUACCGGGUGACUGCCGCACUGCAGGUCCCGCACUGGAUCACGGCUUGAGGUCGGCUUCGGGGAUCCACGCGGGAUCACGGCGUAAUGUGGAAUCAGACUGCCCACACAGGAUCACGGCGUAAUGUGGGAUCAGACUGCCCACAUGGCAUCACGGGGUAACGUGAGACCAGACUGCCCACAUGCCAUCACGAUGUAAUGUGGGAUCAGACUGCCCUCAAAGGAUCACGGGGUAAUGUGGGAUCAGACUGUCCAUCUUGGAUCACAAGAUGAUGUAGAACUGACCCAUUCGCUUCUUUUUACGCACGGGAGUCUCGCGCAAGCCUUCUCCCCGAUUUCCCAGCCCCGCGCUGCCCGCCUGGUGGAACAGGGCGCCCUGCUGCCUCUAGCCGACCCGGUCAAGCGGGAAGAGGGGCCGAUGGUGUCUCAGCCACCAACCCGUCCCGAAUAGGGGUCAGGGCACCCGUGGUGUUGUAUGUUGUUUGCAGAAACUUUGGGCGCUGCAUUUCAUGCUG